AUGCUUCGAAGUCAAUUGAAGGAGCAGCAGGAGCGUCAGCAGACGCAGCUCACGUCAACUGCUGUGCUUGAAACCGCCACUGUUUCAAGCGCGCAGGAGACUUGCAUUGUUGGGUCGAUGGCAACAGUACCAUCGUUACCAGCUUCGUCUGUAACCACUCUUGCACCGAAUGUUGUUGGACCACCGUAUAGGCUACCGGCAGUGUUUCCCGCGCACCUAUUCAGCAGUGCCACUCCGAUCCUGUGUCCUUCAUCCGAAAGCACCAGCGGUGUGACGCCUCCCGGAGCAAGUCCGCUUUUGGCAUCUGCAGGUGCAACACAACCAUCAACAAUAGCAUCAGCGACGCAAUUACCCAUGCUACAGAUCUGCACGCUACAAGGCGCCAUACAGCAGGUAUGGCAUUUUUCAGCUCCACUGAUUCCAUAA